GCGAUAUUUGUGCGCCCAUGAUUAGCCGGUGCUAGGCGUUUUAACAUUAUAUCCGCACAACAGAUUAGUGUAUGUACUCUGGGUUUAGUGUAGCUGCCGGUCCGAGAGAACAGGCGAGUGAAUUUAAGUGUUCAGAAUGCUCGGUGUACGCGGGGGAAAUGCUCCAACUCUUCUGCCUUUGAGAAAGAAACAUUUCCUCAUUCUCAACUUGACAAUUCCGCUCGAGUAGAGUUGCUGUUGUUGUUGUUGUUACUGGGAAGUACAACAUUUGUAAGGUUGUAACUGCAGCGUUUCUCCUGAGUGUGAGCUGUGUGAGAGGAGCAGAGAUGCUGAACAUGCCCUCGCAGUCUUUCCCCGCAGUCAGCUCUCAGCAGCGCGUCUCUGCGGCCGGACAGCCCAGGAACAAGGUGGCUCUGAAGCCAGGUCACAGUCUGAUGGACUGGAUCCGACUCAGCAAAAGUGGCCGUGAUAUGACUGGACUGAAGGGGAGAUUGAUUGAGGUAACAGAAGAGGAACUCAAGAAGCACAACACAAAAAAUGACUGUUGGACAUGUAUAAGAGGUAUGGUGUAUAAUAUAAGUGCGUACAUGGAUUUCCAUCCGGGUGGGGAGGAGGAGCUGAUGAAGGCAGCUGGUAUUGAUGGCACUGACCUGUUUGACCAGGUCCACCGCUGGGUAAAUUAUGAGUCCAUGUUGAAAGAGUGCUUGGUGGGCAGGAUGGUGGUAAAGGCGAGCACAGCAAUCAAAGCACAUGCAUUGAAACCUGAGCUCACUCAUGUGAAUGGUCUUGCUCCUCCUGCUGCUUUGUUGCUGGAUUCAGCACCUGCUGCCCCAGCGGCAAAAGACAACCAUCCUCGAUAUGACUGGUUCCAGACAGAGGAAACUGUCAAUGUUGUCAUUUACACCAAGCGUAAGAUUCCAAGAUCUGGAUGUUCAGUAGUGGACCUUCAAGGAAAUGUUCUGCGGGUAGAGGUGCUCUUAGGACAGUGGUCAUAUUUACUUCAUUGGAGUCUUUCUCAAGAAGUAGAAGCAAAUGUUACAGUUCAGACAGCGAGUUCAGUCGGGAAGGUCGAGGUGUGCCUGCGCAAAGUCCACAAAGCCAAAUGGACACAAGUGGGUCAACCCCUAGAAUCCCAUGACUCAUUUAUUCAGAGUAAACACAGAGGGUUGUUCUACAGAGACUGUGUAUUGGCUUCAAAGAAAGAAGUUACACAUGACACGCAGCUCUUCUGUUUCCGGCUGUCUCCUGGAGCACACAUGCACAUCCCUGUGGGAAGACAUGUCUACCUCAAAGCUUCUAUUCAGGGCAACGAUGUUGUAAAGCCCUACACACCAGUAGACCAGGUGCUCAUGCCCCAGAUUCACUCCAGCAACACUCUGAGCUCUGAAAUCUAUCUGAUGAUUAAGGUCUAUCCUGAUGGAGCAUUUACACAACAUUUGAACAAUCUUGACAUUGGAGCCUCCGUGUCCAUAAGCGGUCCAGAGGGUCCCUUUACACUCAGGAGUCUGCAUGAUGUCACUCAUUUGUACCUCUUAGCCGCUGGCACUGGUUUCACACCCAUGGCUCGCCUUCUCUGCCUUGCCUUACAGGACCUGCCCUCUGUCAGGGAGACCAAGUUGAUGUUCUUCAUUCGUCAAGAGAGGGACAUUCUGUGGUAUUCUCAGCUGGAGCAGCUGCGUGCAGAGGAACGGAGAUUUCAGGUUGAGUAUGUUCUCUCUGAGCCUGCAGCCACAUGGACUGGGAAAAGAGGACGAAUAGAUGCCUCGAUACUGCAGGCAUUUCUGGAAAGACCAGGAGACUCCAAGUGCUUAGUGUGUGUGUGUGGGCCAUCUGGUUUCACUGAACUAGCAGUACAGCUGGUCAAGCAACAGGGAUUCAGUGACAAGGAGAUUCAUGCUUUCAUAAGUUGAGCCCUAAGAGUUAGUACUAAUGAUUUCUAUGCAUUACAAACUCCAAAGCCGUUAAGUAACACCGAGUGAUUGAUUAGAGUUUGCCAUUUACUAACUGGCAAUGCUCUUGUCUGAUUUGUAUGAUCUUCUGAAAAGAGCUGCUCUUAUUUCACAUCCCAAAACUCAGCAAAAGAAAUUUGCUGUCUACAUAUGUAGGAUAUACCACUUCCACUGUAAAUUCAGAUUUUAUCCAUAAUUUUUUUUUUAUAUUUUAUUAUAUGGAAUGAUCACUUUGUCUUGACAAAAAUGUAUAUAUAUGAACAGUUAGGCAGGGUAAUAUGCUAAUUGUGAGUCUGUUUAUAAUGCCUGUCCAAUUUCAGUUGAAAAUGUAACUAACGAGUUUGGAAAACGUAUCUCUGGUAUAAAUAUUUAUGACUUCUGUAUAGUUUGGAAUUAUUUACCAUGGUUUAAUUUAUCAAUUGGUAUUUUAACUUAAACACACCAUCGUACCAGAAAAGUCAACCCACAUCUUGAAAGUGAAAGUGGUUUCAGAGAUGGAGGGAUAUUUGUUAGACUAAUGCAGCUAGCAUUAACUGAAUUCACUGAAGUGGUAUAAAUACUAGGAUGAAACAUCAAAUGUAAGAAUUGCCUUGCUAUUCUUACUUGUGUCUACAGAUUAGUAUGAUGUCAAUUAAGUCAUAGCCAGUCAUAUAAAAAUUAUUUUUUAGGCUGUUGGGAUUAUGUCAUAUAUUAUCUUUAUGAUUUAGUUGGUGCAGCAGAUAUGGUAUUGUGAAGGAAAUUUAUAAUGUGUAUGGAAAAAAAACAAUACAUUUAUUAAA